AUGGCUGUAACUGUCAAAGAGGAGGAAUGUGAAUGGGAGUCUGUCCACCCUAAGCAAGAGAAUCUCAGCAUUAAGGGUGAAGAUUAUGAAGUGGGCUCAGUGGACAUUAAAGAAGAGGUCAAAAAGAAGUGUCGUCUGAGUCAUUACCGUCUGACACAAAGAGAACUGAGGAAAUAUUAUCUGUUAGAACUCGGGACGAUCAGCCGACAUCUUCAAAUUGGGCUGAAAGAAGAGACAAACUUCACUGCUGUUCUGAAUGUGGCAAACGAUUUUCAUCAUUUGAGAAAGCUUCGGAUUCACACAAGAAUUCACACUGGGGAGAAGCCGUACAUCUGUUCUGAAUGUGGCAAACGAUUCUGCCACAAGAGUUCUCUCCAUGGACACAAAAAAAUCCACACUGGAGAGAAGCCGUAUUGCUGUGCUGAAUGUGGCAAACAGUUUGCCGAAAGCAGAAGUCUGAAGAACCACACAAGAAUUCAUACUGGAGAAAAACCAUUUUGUUGUUUAGAAUGUGGAAAACUGUUUUCAGUGAAGAGCAGUCUUAAGAUACACACAAGAACUCAUACUGGAGAGAAGCCAUACUGCUGUUCUGAAUGUGGCAAAACAUUUCGUGACAGGGGUUCUCUUCGGUACCACACUAGAAAUCACACCGGAGGGGAGAUGUAUGGCUGUUCUGAAUGUGGCAAACAAUUCUCACAUAUCACCAGUCUUCAGAUUCACACCAGAAUUCAUACUGGAGAGAAGCCAUUUUGCUGUACACAAUGUGACAAACGAUUCUGUACCAGGAGUUCUCUUCAGAAACACACAAGACUUCAUACAGGACAGGAUCUGUAUUCCUGCUCUGAAUGUGGCAAACAGUUCUCAAGAAAGAGCUCUCUUCGGAAUCACAAAUUAAUUCAUACCGGAGAGAAGCCGUAUUCAUGUUCUGAAUGUGGGAAACGAUUUUCUUCAAGUAGCACUCUUCAGAACCACAAAAGAAUACACACUGGAGAAAAGCCAUAUUGCUGUUUGGAAUGUGGCAAACAGUUUUCUCAAAGAAACACUCUUCAGAGCCACACAAAAAUUCAUACAGGAGAUAAGCCGUUUUGUUGUUCAGAAUGUGGCAAGUGUUUUUCUGGAAGAAACACUCUUCAGGGCCAUAAAAGAAUUCAUACAGGGGAGAAGCCAUAUUGCUGUUCUGAAUGUGGUAAACAGUUUGCACAAAAGAACAGUCUUAGGAGGCACAAAAGAGUUCACACAGGAGAAAAGCCGUUUUGCUGUUCAGAAUGUGGUAAACAGUUUUCACUUAAGAGAGGUCUUCUGGAACACACAAAAAUCCAUACAGGAGAAAAGCCAUUUUCCUGUUCAGAAUGUGGCAAACAAUUUUCACAGAAGACCAAUCUUCAGAGCCACAUGAGAAUUCACACAAAAGAGAAGCCAUAUUCCUGUACUGAAUGUGGUAAGAAAUUUUCGGUGAAGAAGGUUCUUCUGGAACACACAAAUAUCCAUACGGGAGAGAAGCCGUUUUGCUGUUCGGAAUGUGGCCGGAGGUUUUCACAAAGGAGCAAUCUCCGGGGCCAUAAAAGAACUCACACAAAAGAGAAGCCUCAUUGUUGUUCUGAGUGUGGUAAACAAUUUUCAGUGAAGAAGGUUCUUCUGGAACAUAUAAGAAUUCAUACGGGAGAGAAGCCGUUUUGCUGUUCAGAAUGUGGCAAGCGGUUUUCACAAAGGAGCAAUUUUCUGACCCACAAAAGAGUUCACAGUGGCUCCACCACCACAAAGAGACAAGACCACACAUGAAAAUGAGAGAAUUGGACAGUUACCAGUGUUCAGUUGAAAAUGAAGAUGACCUCAUGUAGAGCUUCUGUUAUACAACGAGUUCAGAUUUUUUAAAAUAAAGUAUAUUCCAGAAGGGCUUGCACAAAACUCAAAUCUAUAAAAGUAAACGUUAUACCUAAGUUAAGUAAAAUAAGCAAUUCAAGCCUAAGAGCUUCAAUUGAAAUAGUUAAUGAAAGAAAGCAAAAAAGUCAAGAGAGUGUUCAGAAUAUCAAAAAGCAAAAACAAGCAGAAUUUAUACCAUCUUGGGUUGUAACGGCACCUGUAUUUGUACUGAACCAUCACCGCAUGGGCAUCACGGUUUGCUCCGUGCAGUCAUACAGAGAAUAUGCGGCAACUGUGGAAGGAUUGAGUAAUGCAGUGUUGAACCAAAUUUACAAGAAUGAGUUCCACAUGGAAGCUUUAAAUGGAACACUUUUAGCAAGUUGAGCCACAAGCUGAUGGAAGUCUCACGAAAUGAGUCACACUCUGAGAAUGGUAAAUGCCACAGAUGACUUGGAAGACCUGCCUGCUUCUUUUAAAUUAGCUGUGUUGGGAACAUUUUGGGUUCCCAGUGAAUUACGAUCGUAAUGGAGAGCGAGUGGACAUUGUGGUAACGUGGCUUGGCAUUUGUAGGGUAUGUGUGCAGAAACAUAUCAAACAUGCUAAUGCAUUAUCAACGAGUGGACACUAGGUGGCACUGUUGCCCAUUUUUUUUCCCCAACAGAUGGACACAGGUUAAAAUACCAAGAAGUUAUUUAAUUUCUUCUUUAGUGCCCUGCAAGCACCACAGCCACCAAUAAACAGGCAAGAAAACAUCAAUCACAGUACUACUAAACAUAAAUCUCUCAUCCACACCUCCCAGCAAGCUCUGUCCUACUCUUCCCGACUCUGGCUCGCCUGCUCUUGACCCGGAAGUGCUUCUUC